AGUUGUCUGGCAGGCAGGCAGGCAGGCAUGGAGGCGUUCGUGCGGUUCACCGACCAGAGCCGGGGCCGGGAGCGGGCCUUUCGAGCCACUCAAUAUGCAUGCAUGCUGCUUAGCUAUGUGUUAGAACAAAAGCCUGGCCAAGAGCAAGUGGUCAUGAAGCUCAAGCGUUUGGAGUCUAAUGUGAGCUCAGGCCGCAAGUUGUUCAGGCUUGGCAACAUGAUCCACGCCAUUGUGGCGGCGCGGCAGUCUGCCCAAUUGCCGAAUGUAAUUCCCCGCUUGUGCCUGACCGCCUCCAACUUGAACCGUGCCAUGUACUUCAUCUGCGACACCGUCCUGUGGGUGAAAAGCGUGGGGCUCGUCUCAAACGUCGACAAGAAGAAGUGGCGCGACUGGGCUACCCGGUGUUACUACUAUUCCCUGAUGAUGAACCUGGCGGAGGACCUGUAUGAGCUGUGCUGGCGCAUGGAGCGCAUGGCGCGGAUGCAGAGCCCCAAAGAGGACUCCAGCUCUUGCAGCCACAAUGUAGAUGAGAGCCUGCUGCCAUUUCCCUUGUUUCUCUGCCUCGCUCUGAGGAAGCACCCUCCCCUUCUGCUCGACACCGUGAAGAACCUUUGUGACCUCUCCAGUCCCUUGGACAGGCUAGGGAUCUACAGGUCCAACCCUGGAAUCAUUGGGAUCUGUGGCCUGAUCUCUUCCCUAGUCGGAAUCCUCACCAUUGCCAAGCCACAGCUUAGGUUGAAGCAUUGACUUUGGAUUUGCCCUUAAUGGGUUCCAUUUUACAGAGGGACCAUUUGUAUAUUGAGAUCACUUGACCUCCUCCCUUGUCAGAAACUUUGUUCUUUCAAUUGAAUUCAGUUGCUUUGGACAAAACAAAUUGUUGGGUUUCAUCCAUGGAGUGCACAAGUUCCAGUCCUCAAUGAGUACACUCCAAGUGAGGAUUAUUUUGAGCCUAACAGCUCUCAUUCUCAACACUAGUGGUCAUUCAUGGUGGCCACUAAUUGAUGAAAACCUCCUUUGAAUUAUGCAACAAAGAAAACCAAACUGUACGCAUCUACUAUCACUGGUUUCGAGAUUAGUUUUCUGAGUAUAGGAGGAAUAUGUCAUGUGCCACUACAUUGGAAGCCAUUGUGAUGUGACUUUAGUGCUUUGGGUGGGAUGCAGUCUGUUGUUUGUUUCUUUAUCGGGUUAUUUGAGCCAUUAGGAGAGGUGGGUAACAAAUAAAA